AUCGACCACUUCCAACUUAAUUUACUUAUCGAAUCCUCUCUUAAAGCUAAGAUCUUGCCGUCGGAGCUUAACAAAUCUCUUUUUGGACACGAUGAGCGAAUUUGGAAUUUUUAUUGUAACUCUAGGGCUUCUAUCCUCUGUCGUUCAAUCUCUUCGUUUCGAUAUUCAAUCUGGUCACACCAAAUGCAUCGCGGAAGAUAUCAAGAGCAACGCCAUGACAAUCGGGAAAUACAAUAUUGUUAAUUUGAACGAGGGGCACCCGUUGCUUGAUUCGCAUAAGAUCACUGCGAGGGUUACUUCCUCUUACGGCAACAAUUAUCACUACGGAGAUCACGUGGAGUCUGGACAAUUUGCUUUCACUGCCGCUGAGUCUGGUGAUUACAUGACUUGUUUCUCGGUUCCUGACCAUAAGAUACCUAUCACGGUGACGGUUGAUUUCGAUUGGAGGACUGGUGUUGCAGCGAAGGAUUGGUCCAACGUUGCUAAGAAAGGGCAUAUAGAUGGAAUGGAACUAGAGCUGAAGAAGUUGUUUGAUACUGUAACAUCCAUUCAUGAAGAGAUGUUUUAUCUCCGGGAGAGGGAGGAAGAAAUGCAGCACCUGAAUAGAGUAACCAAUUCCAGAAUGGCCUGGUUGAGCUUUCUUUCACUCUUAGUAUGCUUGUCUGUGGCAGGCUUGCAGCUGUGGCAUUUGAAGACCUUUUUUGAGAGGAAGAAGCUCCUGUAGUGCUUAGACAUUUUUCUUUUGCUUUUGUAAUUUUUUUCCUCGGCAAUAACGAACUUGGGAAAAAUUAAAUGAAUGGGCUAGAGAAAGCAGGCAGUAGUAACUUAUUAAUUUAGUUUAUCAAAUAUAUUCUGUGUACAACAAUCUUUCCCAAGGAAAUUCAAAUUUUCUGGAAUUUGGGUGGGUUGGGGUUGAAAACCCUACCCUGAGAUAUCCGGUGUGAUGUGU